ACUACGCCUGCCGAGGAACUGACCAGAACAAACAAAUAGGAAUUGCGCCGGGGCCUCGUUAAUCCCACAGGGGGACUCCGCGGACCGUAGGAUUCGGGAGAUCAGCUUCUCUCGGCACAGCUUAGCUUAGCCUCCAGAGCAGGACCCCUAUUUUCUCUCACACUCCCACUACAAAUCCCUCACUCACCUGCCCCGGGCAAUUGCUAACAUAAAAAAACCCCCAAAGAAAACAGCCUCUCUUUUCCACACGCUCGUUUGGCGACCUGUUGCCGACCUCGGCCUGCCACCCUGUCUCUCCUAAUAAGUUUUUCGAAUCAUUUUUCUUGGCAUGAGAAUGCAGUUUUUACAGGCGAGCUGGCUGUUUGCCGCGUCCAUGGUGAUUAUCGUGAAUGCUAUCAGUGUGGUCGAGGUGGACUUGGUCUUCCCGCGCAACGAGACAUAUGCACCCGCCCAGGUGUUUCCUAUCGUUUUUGCUAUCCAGAAUUCCGACCAGGCUCAAUUACUCAACCCAGCUCUCACCUACCGAAUUCUGAAAACGGACAACCGCAGCGACAACCUUGUUCCCCUUACAGCAUAUGUCCAUCUGGAGCGAGAAAAUGUUUCCACCAGUGACCCCUACCUUACAUACCGAUUCUUCAGUGGCUUACAGCCCGGUCGCUGGUUCCUGGCCUGGGAACUGGAAUACCAGACCUGCAACGUCGGAGCAGAAUAUCUAUCUGAUGCGCUCACGUACAACUCCUAUAAGUCGACCAGAAUCUUCACCAUCACGAACUCGACAUCUACCCCUAACAAAGAAAUCGAUCUCGUUGCUGCCACGGCCGAUAAUAGAUGCCCAGCGGAUUCGAAUGCUGUUGCCAUCAACGUAACUGAUACAACAAUGCAAACUAUCCCAUCAAUGAACUGGGCCGGCCGCGACACAUGUGUGGUUACCACAAAUUCGACCACCGCCACCCCAGUUCACACGCCCAAUCCUUGCGGGGUCUCAAUUUCUCCCGAGAUGGCCGCAAGCAUCUCCGCUAAUUUUACUGCGCAGAAGUGCAAUGAGGCCAGACCUCCUGCUUGGGUUAAUUGCCCUGCAGACGGCGAGAGUGCGGCCCAGCAGCUGAUUAUUCUUGCAUUCACGGGAAUGCUCGCUAUAUGUGGAGCAUUUGCUUUCACCCUUGUGCAAUCAUGGUAGCUUCUUUUUUUAUUUUUUAUUUUUCUUGAAUUUGCUAUUUGAUACGCCCGUGACUCUCUUCGUGGAGUUCGUCCGUUGGAUGUUGUAUACAUAUCUAGCUCGUAGAACGAUGCUGAAGAUGGCGCCCAUGCCCGAGCAUAAUAGGACAGCCGUUGAUGUGUAUGCGGAGACGAGAAUCAGGAUGGCCCACUUCUUCCAUGUUGGAUAAUUGAGCGGAUCUAUAACGCCAUGGCAUCAGAAAUGAAGGACAUGAGAAUUUUGAGCGGAGGGAGGUUCAAUGCCAACCUUUGGGGUCAGAGGAUGGAGUUGGCACCAAGAUAAUAUCGUCGCCGUGAAACAGCUUGAUCUCAGUCUCCCUAGCAGCAUCAGCCGUAGGCUGCUGCUCGAGUUGCGACGUAUUCUCUUGAUGCUCGACAUAAGGGCAAGGUGAGGGUAUCUUUUCCAUGGCGUUGUACUUCCUAUAAUGGGCUUUAUCUUCAGCUUAUCGUAGGCGGUGGUUUCACAUAUGAGCACGAC